AUGGAUAUCCACUUCGACGAAGCCUGGUGUCCAGUCUGUGACAGGCAAAUCAUGCCUAAGCGAUAUACAGUACCCGUCCUCCCACAAACUCAAGAACUCACACCUGUCCCCACGUCAUCCCCAGCAUCGUCAUCUCCGUCAAAAAAUCAACAGAGUGACUCAACUGCCCGCACUUCCAAAACGAAAUCGGGCGCCGUUCGCGCAAAGAGUGGUCUUCUCCAAGGCACCGGUCGCGUCAAGCCUAAUGGUGCAAUAAAGAAAUCAGACUCCACCACAGCAGCCGCAAACAAGGGGCGUGCCUCCUCGCCUCAACCUCAACAACCAGUCGCACCUGUCAAGCACCGCACGAUCAUCGACCAGGGUCCAAUCCCUCUCUAUUGUUCGGAUGAGUGUCGUCUCCAAGACUUGUCAAGGCUCGAUGGCGCUUACCCACUCAACUACCACCCUGAUCGCUCAUCGCCACCUCUCCCUCGUGUACCUCAUAAUUCUUUCGAGAGGCGAUAUUGCGAAUCAGAAGACGAAUCCACCAGUGCUUCUGGAUCGUCGCUCGAUUCAGGCUGUUCCUCUUCCCCACCAUUAGUCACUGUCUCCCGCAGUAUGGCUACGCUUGCCGCCCUGUACGAUUUUCCUCCUUUGCCUCCUGCGCCACCUAUGUUGUCACUGGUCGACACUACGUCUUCAUCGGAGAUUGAGUAUCGCAACGACUACCAGGGCGGUACAAUGAUGGCAAGCAAGCGUAUCAAGGAAGUCUUAUGCCCACCACGCCCAAAGCCUUCGCCGUUUUACAGCGAACCGCUUCAACCUAAGAAAGUUGUUCCUGGUUGGACCGACGGCGGUAGUGAAUGGCGUCAGUCAGUUUAUGGCGGAUAUUCCAAACACUCGGACACUGCAUCGGUCGGGUCUCAAAAAGUCCAAACAUCAUUUGCAGCAUCGUCACAUCGUGGUGUUCAAUGGACUUCGACACUUUCCCAGUCAAAUUCAUCUAGCGCUCUUGCCGCCCAGUGUCCUCCCUCCAACCUACCUCCUCCUCGUUCGAGUCAAUCGUACAGCGAAGAGUUGUACGCGAAAUAUUCCCUUCCUCUUUCUCGCAGAUCGGAGUCACGCAUGUCACUUUUCCCCCACUCGGCGUCUUCCUCUGCACACUCUCCUCCUUUAUCUCCUACUUCCACGUCUUCGUCCGGUCGACGUCGUCGCGAAGUCCCUUUGCUCAAGCGGGGCGCAGAGGGUCGUUUACUCGUUCCUGACGUCAUACUCACUCGAAACAACUCGAGCAUGGGUACGUUAUCGCAGCGUCCUGCAAAACCAUUGAGGCGGCACCCCAGCGAAGUUAGUGGAGAUAGUAUCUUGAGCGAUACCACGUCUGAAUCACUUGAUUCCUCGUCCCGACCUGCACCUCAAACUCGCACAUGGUCAUACGAUAACAUCAAGACUUACCCUGUGAUGAUGCCUCCUACAACGAAGGAGAAACGCAUCGAGCAACACAUGAUUAAUGGCGAGGUCAAGGAGAUCGAAGUUGAAGUUGUUCAACCCUUGAAACGCCUCUUCCUCUUCCCUGGCAAAGAAACAAUUCAUGGGGGACGACCCUAG